GCGGCGGCUUAGAUGCUCUCGCUUGCAAAAUCCACUGAAUCAUGGAUGUUUUGCUUCUGCACUUUUCUCCCUAGAAAAGCUGUCCAUGGGCUUCUUUCCACGAAGGCUUUUUUAAGAGGCUAUAGGCUUCAGAAGCCAAAAUUGAUUUUUUUUUCCCCCUAGCAUCCGAAGAGCCAGAAGGUUGAGCCGUCUCGCGGAGCAAGCUCUGGGAGGGGAGACCAACUGCUAUGGCAAAAAGGGGACAUUCGCAAGCUUCCCAGGCAGCAAACUAGCGCGCAGACAGCCCAGCCCCGUGUUGCGUCGUCAGCGCGCGGAGCGCCGCUGUGCUCUCCCGGGCAAGUUUUUGGGGAGUGUCCCUUCUCUCUACGGACACAGCAAAGUCUCCAGUUUACCAACAGAUGUUUCCCUCGCAGCCCUGAAGUCCAAGAGCUCGCUGGCUGCAGCGCAAGGUCCUGAGGCCAGCGCGCUGUGGUUGAGGGACCCCACCAGGCAAAUGUCAGAAUCAGUAUGAGAGCCUGGACUUCAGCCCAGAUAGCGUGGAAGAUGAACUGGAGAUGGCCACUGUCAGGCAUCGGCCUGAGGCUCUUGAGCUUCUGGAAGCCCAGAGCAAAUUUACCAAGAAGGAGCUCCAGAUUCUUUACAGAGGAUUUAAGAAUGAAUGCCCCAGUGGCGUUGUUAAUGAAGAGACCUUCAAAGAGAUUUACUCGCAGUUCUUUCCACAGGGAGAUUCUACAACAUAUGCACAUUUUCUGUUCAAUGCAUUUGAUACAGAUCACAAUGGAGCUGUGAGUUUUGAGGAUUUCAUCAAGGGUCUUUCUAUUUUGCUUCGGGGGACAGUACAAGAAAAACUCAACUGGGCAUUUAAUUUGUAUGACAUAAAUAAAGAUGGCUACAUCACUAAAGAAGAAAUGCUUGACAUAAUGAAAGCAAUAUAUGACAUGAUGGGUAAAUGCACAUACCCUGUCCUCAAGGAAGAUGCUCCCAGACAACACGUUGAGACAUUUUUCCAGAAAAUGGACAAAAAUAAAGACGGAGUCGUUACCAUAGAUGAAUUCAUCGAGAGUUGCCAAAAAGAUGAAAACAUCAUGCGCUCCAUGCAGCUCUUUGAAAAUGUGAUUUAACUUGUCAAACACAUCCUCAAUCAGACAGACAGAUGUGAACUAUUCUACCACAGAGUUGGAGCUACCACUUUUAGCAUAGAUUGCUCAGCUUUACACUGAGGCAUAUUAUGCAAACAUGCUUUGUUUUAAUAUAAAGCAAUCCCCCAAAGGAUUGGAGUUUCCCAUUUAUAAAUUUGCAUCCUUUUCAUAAUGCUACGGAGUUCAUGGGAUGUUCUGAGUCAUUUCAUACCCUGUGACUAUUCAAAAGUAACAGAAUCUGGCAUAUAGUUUUAUUGAUUCUUUAGCCAUGAUUAUUGAGGCUUUCACAUUAUCAGUGAUUCUAAAAUAUCAGUGUUUUUUUGCUACUCAUUUGUAUGUAUUCAGCCCCAGGAUUUUAAAUGGUUUUCUAAAAUACUGGCAUCUGCAUUUAAUUUCCAGAAAUUAAUUUUCAUGUUUGUACACUAUAAUUCCAAUUACACUUUAAGUAAACAAGAUUACCAUUAUUGAAAAAAAAAAUACAUAAAUAGUCCCAGUUUCUGUGGAUUUGCUGCCUUCUGUUUAAAGACAUUCACUUACCUGCCGUUUUUUAUAACAUAAAACAAAUUAGUUUAUUACCAGAUGUCAGCAUAUGCCUAAUAAGGCUUAUUCAAUAAGCAUUUCUUAAUUUUUCCUGAUAUGUAUUACAGCCAAGGACUACAUGAGAAAUGUACUUUUGGACUUGUUCCGUCCUACAGGUUGACUGUUUUCUAUUGUGUCACUAAGUGGAAGUCCAAGAAGGCGUGAAACAAGGCAAGGAUGUCCAUAGGCUUAUGCAGAGGGUCAGGCUGCUGUCCUCUAGUCCAUGGCAGUGCUUAGCGACAAGUAAUCCUUACCCCGCGCUAAAGGCCUGUUCCAUCCUCGUUCCCGACAUCCUCAUGGCACCUUGACAUUCCAUGUCAUUCAGAGACAAAGAGAGCCUGACCACCCCAAGGCCUACUAGGAACAAACAGCAAGCAGAAUUCACUUUGAAAGCACCAGUGAUUCCAUUAUAUCGAGAACUAUAAUACCAAAAUGUAGUAGAAAAUGAAUAUAAGCGCUAAGCAACUCACCUGGAUUAUAUUAUCAUUUAGCUCAUCAUAAAACUCUAAUAAUUUUGGAUUAUUUUUAGUGAUCUUAAGCCAAAAUUGUAAAGCUGCCACAACAUUACUGAAGAUACACACACUUUCUCUGUUUUGCAGAAAUAUCACAAAGACCAAGAGGCGAGAGUAGGAGGAAAAUUGCAACUGUCUUUGCAACAAUAAAUCAGGUAUCUAUUCUGGUGUAGAGAUAGGAUGUUGAAAGCUGCCCUGCUAUCACCAGUGUAGAAAAUAAGAGUAGUACAAUACAUGUACACUGAAAUUUGCCAUCGCGUGUUUGUGUAAACUCAACGUGCACAUUUUGUAUUUCGAGAAGAAAAAAAAAAUAAAAGCAAAUAAAAUGUUUAUAACUCUA